AACGUCAUGUUCGACGAAGAGGGGAGAGUAGAUUACGGAAGUAAUUAGGAUAUAACCUUUCAGUUUCUUUGGAGAGAUUCACAAUUGUCAGCAAACGUCGAUGUAGUCAGGAUCUCUUCAUGGAAAAAAAGCCUACAGUGAUUUUGGUUGAAGUGUGAUCUGGUUGAUAGCAGAUUCAGUUGUUUCGUAUUUCGCGCGUUGAUCGACUUCAAUCCACGCAACAAAAGAUUAUUUGCAGCCUGAUGAAACCAAAGUGUUUUCUUUUCCUGGUUCUGCUGGGUUUUGGCAGAUUAGGUCUCACCGUGUCUUCUUUUGAUGAGUCAAACGUCAAGAGUUACCAUGUGGAGAGGAGGCCGGAUAGCAAUCCAGACCUGUUUGUUGUAGAGUUGAAAAGUGGCAGUCAAUGUGAUAUCUGCACUUCCUUGAAGGCCCAUUUUCACAGAGACAUUCCUUGUACUUGUACUUGUCCAUCAGACAAUUCUACAUUUCUUCCGUCGUUGAGAAAUUGCAUAAGCCAAAGCCACUUGCCCGCAAAUUUUACAGAUUGUCCAAAUCAGAAAUAUGAAAAGAUAGAUGGUAAAGACCUCUUUAAAUUCCCAGUAAACCUUCAAAUCAACAAAAAGGAGAAAACAAGUGUCAGUUCAGUGCAUUACAACUGCAGCCUCUAUGGCUACUAUUUGGACUACAGUGGUUUUAAAGUUAGAUGGAAAAACAUUACUGAUGGAGUCUUCAAUCUAACAAAGGAAAAUAAUCCCAACAAAAAAUUUAGCAUUCAGUGGGAAGACAAGGAUGGAAAAUUGUCUGGAAUGAUCAUCUAUCUUAAAUUGACUUGUGUCGGACAAAACAAAAGCAAAGAAAAGUGCUAUCUUCUUAAGGCAUUAGGAAAUGUAACUUAUUAUGCCCCAUCAACAUCAAGCUCAGGAUCUUUCAUUACUGUUCCAACUGCAGUGAGUUCUCCCAAUCCAUCAUCUAUGUUUGCAUUUUCACCAUCACCACAAUUAUCUCAAUCAAUGCAAACAUUCUCCCAGUCAUUAUCCCCACAACCAACCACUUCCCCAUCACCCUCUCCUUCAUUGGAUGCAACCACAGGAAGUCCAACAAAACACACAGACAAAUUUUCAACAUUUGUAUCAAAACAUGUGGAAACAAGUUCACUUCAAACAAGGCCGGUCUUACAUUCAGCUGGACCAAUUCUGCCAUCAACAUCAACAGCAGAACUGGAAAGCUUCUUACCAGUCAGUUCAGAGGAAAUUUCUAAUCAUGUGAUAAACACAGGGAUCCCAAAAUCUUCAGCUAGCACAGAGGAACCAAAUUAUAGUGAACCAUCAGAGUUACCAACCACUGAGUCAAGUCUUCCUACCAGGGAUGGUCCAGGAGACAAAGAGGCAAGGAAAGGUGGAAAAGACAAAGGAGUAGCAAUUGGUGCUGGAGUUGGUGGUGCUGUUGUUUUUGGGAUUAUUGUCAUAGGGUUGAUCAUUGUAUUUUGUAAGAGAAGAAGGCUAGGGGAAAGUACAGAAAAGAAAGCAAAACUACAUGUAGGAGUUAAGAACCCAGUGUAUGAGAAACCUCAAGAUGACAUUAAAAUGGAAAGACCAAGAGAGAAAGCCACAACUUUCAGCAAACAAGACAGUCAACCAACAUACUUGGAACUUGUUGACAACAAAGUAGGACAUGAAAAUUAUGGAGCUGUAUACAGUACUGCAGAUGAAAAUUAUGACAAUUCAUCUGUUUACCAAAGUCUGGACAAUAAUACACCUGCAGCACCAUCAGUUUACCAAAGUUUACAGAACAACCAGCCUUCCACCAAGAAACCAAUACCAAAACAGAAACAAAGCAAUGCAAAAAACCCUGGAAAACCCAGUGUACCCCCAGACCCUGUGUAUAGUGUCCUUGAGGAGUCUCACAUCAAACAAGGAAAUACAUCAGAGGCAAUAUAUAAUGUACUGGAAGGGCCAGAUCCUGGACAAGAUACUCCAGGGAACAUUCAGGACCCUGUUUACAAUGUGCUGGAUGGGGCUGGUGCAGGACAGACAGAUGAGGCCCCAGAUGUUGGUGUUCAACAGGAUCCACUGUAUAAUGUGCUUGAGGUGCCUGAAUCCAAACAAGAACAUCAGGAACCACUAUAUAAUGUGCUUGAAAAUGCAGAUACUGAAAAUGCCCCUUCCAGACAGCAUGGCUCCUCCGAUGGUGCAACCAGUGAGCCCCUUUAUAAUGUUCUUGAUGGGGCAGAUUCAAGUGGUGCAGAAUAUGCUGCUCCCAACAGACCCCUGUCUGCUGAUAGUCAUGACAACCCAGCCUAUGAGCAGACCCUUGAAUUUGGUGCACCACAUGCAUUGGUGGACAGCCCUGGGUCUCAGAGAGAAUCUUUGUAUGAGCCCCUGAAAGGGUCUGAUAGGCAAGAUGUGUAUGAGCCCCUUCACAAAAAGGGGAAAUGAAUGAUACCAAGGCCGUGGACCUUGAAUUGAAAACAAAGUUAACAGAAGUUGGUUGCUACUUAGGGGCCUAGGAGCUCUCCAUGGAAAUUAAGGCCAAUAUUGACUCUCAAUUGUCAUUAUGUUAGCCACUAAAUCAACAGAGGCAAUAGGAGUGUAGGAAUAAAACUCAAUUCUCUACACUACUUUGUAAUUAAAAUUUAUAUCUCUUUCUGACAGUGCAAUUGCAUGAUAUGUAGUGUCACAGGGCAAGUUACAAGUGAAAUAUUUUAUAAAGUAUUUUAAAAUGUGUAUUUUUGUAACAAAGGAUGUAGACAUUUGCUGCCAAGCAGAAUUCAAGAACACUAUUUUUGUACUGAAACUUUUUGAAUGGCUACAAUUCUGUAGGUUAUGAAGCAAAAAAUAAUUUUGCUCCUAAUUGUUUUAGUACUUAUCAAUGGUUAUCACCCAAAUCGAAAUAAUUUUGCCCUGUAAAAUACAGUAUUCAUACCUCAGAAGAAUUUAUGAAUAGUUUUUGUUAUUGUAAGAAUUUGUUUAAAAAAAUAAAUACCCCAAGUUAACUUGA